AUGAGACUUCGAACAGUGUUAUUUCAUUUAUUAUUAAUUGUUCAAGUUGAUUUACGACGUUAUAAUAAUCAAAGCGAUAAUGAGACUAUAAAUGAAUUAGAUAGCUUAGUGCGUAAAUAUAAGUCUCAUUCAAAUAAAGAAUAUUAUCCAGCUUUGCCAAAUAAUGAUCAAAACCUUGUGGAAUCAUUGCAGCGUGAGAAAAAAUAUUCGCCCCGUAAAAAGGUUCUCAGCGACGUUGAUAAUCGUGAUGAACAAGAAAAGCCAUUACGUCGAACUCAUUUAUCAAAAUCAAGUAAUCGAUCAGAUUUAUCGAAUAAGUCUAAUCGACUUGCGCAAACAACAGCAGCAACAACAAGUUAUUUCGAUGAAGCAUCGUUAUGCAUAAAUGAAUUCGACGUUAAAACUGAACAAUUAGUUAAAGUUAAAGAAUUAAAAAAUGGCGCUCGUAUGAUACGUUUUAUUCAAAUUGAUGAACCCUCAACCUCUCAUGGUCUUGAUAUAAAAGAUAUUUGUAUGUUAAAUUGUUGUGUUGAAGACAAUUGUGAUCUAGCUAUGCUCAGUGAACAACGUACAAAUGAUGGUUAUAAAUGUUAUUUAUUUGCUUGUAAUGGCAGUUGUACAUAUGCACCCCAUCAAGAUUAUACUAGUAUGAUAUUAAGAAAAGAUUUACCAAUCAUUGAUGAUUCAUCAGUAACAAAUAAACAGUCAAAAACAAACGAAAAAACGUCUGCUGCAUCAUCAUCCACACUUUCUGGGACGUGUCGAAGUAUAGAAUUUUCUUGUCGUGAUGGAAGUUGUAUUCCAUAUUAUGAUGUGUGUAAUUCAUACGAAGAUUGCCCAUCUGGUAUAGAUGAAGCGAUGUGCUCAACGGAAUUCAGCCUACAUCAGCGUACGCAACAGGAAAAUCGAAAAAAACCAGCAGCUGAUGUUGAUAGUGACACAAAUGUUGAUAUUGAUGAAAGUUUCGAUGAGGCAUUAGAUGAAGAUCAGUUAACAACAACAGCGAAAAGUUUAACUAAAGUCGCAAGUGAAAAAUCUUCAUCAUCAAAAGGCAAAUCAAAAAAUCGCGAAGGUGAAAAACAAGAUAAAAAUGUAACAUCACCAUUUUUCUAUAAUAUUGAUCUUGAAACACAGGAACGUGUAUCACGAUUACAAAAAUUAAAAGAAUAUCUAGAAGAAACGAAAGGUCCCGAAGCGUGGUAUCAUUUAUUUCAAACAUUAGUUCAACAUCAACAACAAGAUCAUUCAAAUAUAGAACCAGAACAAUCGGGAGCAAUAUCAUCAAAUGAUGAUGAAAAUUUUCGUGAGCAUUUAUUAGCUUUAGAACAGCAAUGGCUAGCAGAUCGACAAAAAUCAUCUACGACUAUAGCGACAACAAGAACAACACCGAAACCUAAAGUAACUAAUAGAAAAAUAAUAACUUCAACGACGAAACGAAUGAAAAUCGCCAAUGACGAUGAUGAUGACCAAAGACAAAGACGACCACUCACUGGUAAUGACGAUGAAACAACUGAUGAUGAAGAUGUUGAUGAUGGCGAUCGAUACUAUUGGCAACCAACAUAUGAUGAUCAUCGUGAAAAUCAAGAUAAUACUAGAUAUCAACAGAGAAUGAAAACUAUCACAACAACAACAAGAAAACCUAAGACGAAAUAUCCUCAAAUAAAUCGAGACACUACUAGUACAACACUAUUAAGAGCCAAUAAUCUGGAUACAGAAAAUUUUUCACAUACAAGAUCAUUUUUACGUGAAUCAAGUGUUAUUCUACUUUUUCUUCUUGGUCUUGUUUUUACGAUUAUACUACUUGUCUUUGUCGGCUUCUAUUGUCGAGAUUCGUGGAAACAUGGUCGACUAAUUAAAAAUCGUUCACAUGAUGCUGACUAUUUAAUUAACGGACUUUAUCUUUAA